CCGCGCCCCGCGGGUUCCGGCAAACGGCGGUCACCCCGGCCCGCCGUGCGCCCCGCGGAACCUCCGUGUCCGGCAGUCACCCCGACCCCUGGCCCGCACCCCGCGGGGACCCCUGUGCGGCGGUCACCCCGCCCCGCCGUGCGCCCCGCCCCGGGGUCCCAGCGCUGGGUCCGGUCUCUCUGGGCCCUGGCGGCCCAAAGGCGGAACCUAAAGCGGAGCCCAGCCCUUCUCCCGCUCCUCCCGAGCUGUGUGCGCGGUCCGGCCCAGGCCCAGCCGCUCCUUCCUCUUUCCUGUGGUUGGAGGCGCGGGAGGCGAUUUCUCAGCGACACCUCACCAUGGAGCAGCUGAGCGCAGCAAACACCCGCUUCGCCGUGGACCUGUUCCUCACCCUGACCGAGUGCAAUCCUGCUGGAAACAUCUUCAUCUCCCCCUUCAGCAUCUCGUCAGCGCUGGCCAUGGUCUUUCUGGGGGCCAGAGGCGACACCGCAGCACAGAUUUCCAAGGCUCUCCAUUUCGAAGGGGUUGAGGAGAUUCAUUCAGGAUUUCAGAGUCUGAACGCUGAUAUCAACAAGCAUGGUGCGCCCUACACUCUGAAACUCGCCAACAGGUUAUUCGGAGAGAAAAGCUACAAUUUCCUCCCUGAGUUCUUAGCGUCAACUCAGAAAAUGUACAAUGCUGAGCUGGCCAGUGUGGACUUUCUGCAGGCCUCCGAGGAUGCGAGGAAGACCAUUAACGAGUGGGUCAAAGGGCAGACGAAUGGGAAAAUUCCGGAGCUCCUGGCCUCAGGUAUGGUUGGCAGCUUGACGAAGCUGGUGCUGGUGAAUGCCAUCUAUUUCAAAGGGAACUGGCAGGAGAAAUUCAUGGUGGAGGCCACCAAGGAUGCGCCUUUCAGACUGAAUAAGAAAGAAACAAAAACGGUGAAGAUGAUGUAUCAGAAGAACAAGUUUCCCUUCGGCUACAUCAAGGACCUUAAGUGCCGGGUGCUGGAGCUGCCCUAUGAGGGCAAGGAACUCAGCAUGGUCAUCCUGCUGCCGGACGACAUCCAGGAUGAGGCCACGGGGUUGAAGAAGAUUGAACAACAGCUGACUCUGGAGAAGCUGCGGGAGUGGACCCGACCCGAGAGCCUGGACCUCCUCGAGGUCAGGGUCCAGCUGCCCAGGUUCAAGCUGGAGGAGAGUUACGACCUCAGAGAGCCCCUGGCCCGCCUGGGUGCGCCGGAUCUCUUCAGUAGCAAGGCGGACCUGUCCGGCAUGUCGGGGGCCAGGGACCUCUUCAUAUCCAAGGUGGUCCACAAGUCCGUCGUGGACGUGAACGAGGAAGGCACGGAGGCGGCGGCCGCCACGGGGGCCGUCGCCGAGUUCGCCAUGCUGCUGCCGGAGGAGGAGUUCGUUGCCGACCACCCUUUCAUCUUCUUCAUCCAGCACAAGUCCUCCUCACACAUCCUGUUUCUAGGCAGGCUUUCCUCUCCAUAGAAGCUAGAGAUGUUAAUGCAAGGUCAAGCCUACAGCUCUUUGCCUGCCCUGUAGAUGGUGACCAUUCUCAUAUAUCUUUACCCGUAAAGUACUAUUCGAUAAUGAAUCUUUACUCUCCUUUGUAAGCUUAGCUCUGUUGGCUGUUCACACCAAUUAACUUGGCGUGGGUAUCUGUUCUUUAUACUGAAAAAUCCCGUGAUUCCUCUUGAAUGCAUUGAGUUCAAAAAAAGAAAGAAAAAAUCAGAUGUGUAGAUCCUUGACAGUGUAGCAGUCUAUGAAGUUGCUAUACUCUCCUGAGAGCCGUGGGGGACAGUGGUCAUGCCGUCAUCUGCUUUUAAAGACAGACUUUUGGAAGCCACAGUAGAGAGAUGUCCUGAUAGCUGAAGGGAGGCUUCAACAAAUACUCAGUUGAAAUACAGGCGAGUGCCCCCAUUGAGGGUCAGGGUUAUGAGACAGACUUGCCUUGGCGAGGUCUCUGACCCUGUGUUCAGCCCUCCGACCUGGUGGUAACCCAUGCCCUCCCGUGCUCCCCCGGAUACACGUUAUGAGGGGUCACGAGGAAUCAAGCAGUAGGUGUCUUAUCAGGAAAGAAGCCAAGAAAUGACAACAAGAUCUCACUGCUAACUGGCUUCUCCCACGUUUUCUGAUAAAAGCUCUUGACGCCCAUCAUCUGACAUAGGAUUUUAUGGCGGCAGGACAGCUUUAUGUAAGGCUGUGGAGGAAGGCGGGGGGCAGGGUGCUCUCUGAUGAAUGUCAACCUUUGUCAAUGUUCUUCUUGGAAUACGCCUUGAAAUGCUGCAUCUUCUUGCUCUUGUGAAGCUGGUGGGUUGGUUAAUAAAGUCUCCUAAGAUCGUGCAAA